AUGGAUCUGCUUCGCGAUAGCUCGCUGGGACAGAUUGUCCGUUUUGCUACUGGCAAGCGAUGCUUCUUGUAUCCCGAAGAGCGAGCGGGCUUCGCGCAUCCGUGUACCGAGGAGAAAGUCUCCGUAUCCAGUGGUCUGGUACAUGUACCUAGAUCCCAAAGUGAGCAUCAAGGGCUGGUGCCAGGUCCUGGAAGCAAGUACGAACGGCCACACUCGCAGCCGCUUACACCUCAAGGUGGCCCUGUCAAUGAAGGGCGGCGGUCGGAUGGAAAGGACAUAUUUCUUGUGGAUUGGUACGAUGAGAAGGAUGUCGACAAUCCUCAGAACUGGAGUUCCUUCAAAAAGUCCAUCGUGACAGCCGUGCUAUGGCUGUAUACGUUUACGGUGUAUUGCGCCUCUGCCAUUUACACACCAAGCGUGGACGGCGUGAUGGAGGAGUACAAUCUUGACCAUACACUCUCCACCCUGGGCCUCUCGCUCUAUAUACUUGGGUACGGCAUUGGUCCUCUCAUCUUUUCGCCAAUAUCUGAAAUCCCCCGAAUUGGAAGGAACGCGCCCUACAUGAUCACUUUAUUUCUCUAUGUCCUGAUGGCUGUGCCGACUGCUCUCACCCGGAGCUUUCCUGCUUUCCUUGUCUUGCGAUUUCUAACAGGCUUUUUGGGUUCCCCAUGUCUCGCCACGGGGGGCGCGACACUCCAGGAUAUUUUACUCGUGGUCGAAAAUGCCUUAUGGUUACACGGCUUGCUGCCCGCGGCGAUUGGCGCUUGCCCUUGUGGGAGAUCUUAUGGAUGGCUCUCCUUACAUUUGUGGUCAUGUUUGUCGCCUUUGGAGACAUCUGCCUCCACUGUUCUGUUACGUCGGGCCCAACGAGUCCGCAAGGUGUUCAAAGACCAGCGAUAUGUCUCUCAGUCCGAAAUCGAUGAAGCUAGUCUAUCCCCACCCCAUAUUGUCGCGCACGCUUUGAUCCGGCCCCUACAAAUCACGAUAUUGGAUCCCGCCGUGUUUUUCACCAAUCUCUAUAGCUCCUAUAGCUACGGUGUCUACUACAGCUUCUUUGAGGCUUUUCCGCUUGUCUAUACAGAUAUGUAUGCAUUCGAUCUCGGCCUGACGGGUACCGCCUUUUUAUCGAUCGUUGUUGCGUGUUUAGCCGGGACUUUAAUUUAUUUGAUUUACGUUCACUGGCAUUGGGAACCUCGAGUCAAGAAGAACGGACUUAGUCCCCCAGAGCAGUGUCUCAUCCCGGCAAUAUUCGCCUCGUUUCUACAACCAAUAGGGCUAUUCCUAUUUGCCUGGUCAAGCCGACAAAGUAUCCACUGGGUUGUUUCCAUGGCUGGCGUCGCACUGUUCAGCACAGGUGGCUUUAUCCUCUUCCAAGGGAUUUUCACGUAUCUUCCGCUGUCUUAUCCUCGGUAUGCGGCAAGCCUUUUCGCGGCCAAUGACUUCUUCCGAUCGGCUUGGGCUGCUGGCGUGGUAAUCUAUGCUCGGCCGCUCUUCGACCGGCUUGGGAUUGCUGGAGGUGUUUCACUCUUGGGUGAUCUUUCUUGUGGAGGGAUCGUAGGGGUGUCCGCACUUUAUGUGUACGGGGCCAGAUUGAGAUUGAGGUCAAAGUUUGCGGAGACUUAA